AUGACCGAUUGUCUCGCCACUCGACCUGGCAGACAGCGAAUUGCUUUUUGCGUCAGCAUCAGCCCGCUGAAGCAGGCUCCCGCUUCCUCGUUGCGGGACCUUGCAACUGCAUUCAGAUCCCCGACGACUGUUCAACUUCUGUGGUUUUGUUUCCCCGAUCCUUUUCAUUUCUGCUGCCCGAGCACCAAGCGAAUAACUAUGCGUUGUUCUGUAAAAGGCGAGCCUUUCGAGAGACGUUGCUGCUCGGACUGGCACGCGGAUCGGCCUUGUGCCCCGAGUCGAUCAAACGCAAAUGAUAAUAUAAUCAUUUGUCAAACCUCAGUCGCAGUUGGCCGACAACCAGCCGCUGUCAUUGAGAGGGGCUCUUCCCUGAUCCUUGCUAAAAUAGAUCGAGAUCGAGAGACAUCUGAUAAGAAGGAGUCGGCCUCCCCCAAGGAGAUGCCCAACAACACCAAAUUCAUCUCUUGGUUGAUUAAUCUAGUUGAUUACUUGAAGAUGCCAAAGGACCCCGAUUGCGCCAGCUACUCACGGUCCUCCAGCUUGUGCAGAUAG